GAGUCCAGGGGUCAGGGGGCAGCUACUAAUGUCAGUGCCAGGCCUGCGGCGGGUAGAGUGCACCCGCCACCUGUGGGGCUCAGGAUCAGAGGUGAGACUGAAUUCCACAGCCUCCUCUCCGACGAGCUGGGUAGUGCCAUGGGUGUCUGGAAGCAGCUGAUGCUUCUGAUGUUGCUGCUCCUGGGGGGGGCCCUAGGGAACCCUCUGUGGCUGGCUCCUGUGGCAGUUGCCCUGCGCUGGACCCUCGGAGACCCCCUGUGCUUCCUGCUGCUGGGCCUGGUGGCACUGGUCUGGCCCUGGAUCAGCCCCUGGCAGCCUUCCUUGCUGGGCUUGGUGGCUGCAGUCCUCACUGUGAUCCUGGUUCCCACACGGCCGCCCCCAGGGCUGCGCUGGCUGCCUGCAGAUGUGGCCUACUUAGUCAAGAUCCUUCAUUUGGGGCUGAGGAUCAGAGCACGCCUGGCACGACAGCCCCCUGACACCUUUGUGGAAGCCUUCGAGCGAAGGGCACGAGCACAGCCUGGCCAGGUGUGCUUGGUGUGGACUGGGCCUGGAGCCUGUACAGUCACUGCUGGAGAGCUAGAGGCCCGGGCCUGCCAAGUGGCAUGGGCCCUGAAGGCUGAGCUGGGUGGCUCAGAGGCCCUGCGUCCUGAGGAGCCUGCUGCUCUCCUGGUGGGAGCCUCGAAGGCCAUUUCUGCUCUGAGUCUGUGGCUUGGGCUGGCCAAGCUGGGCUGUCCUGUGGCCUGGAUCAAUCCAAACAGCCGUGGGGCGCCCCUGGCACACGCUCUGCUCAGCUCAGGGGCCCGGGUGCUGGUGGUGGACCCAGACCUCAGGGACACCCUGGAGGAGGUCCUGCCCAAGCUACAGGAUGCACACAUUCACUGCUUCUACCUCAGCCACACCUCUGCCACGCCUGGUGUGCGGGCCCUGGGGGCCGCCCUGGAUGCUGCACCCUCUGACCCAGUGCCUGCUCACCUACGUGCAGUGAUCAGGCGGCAAAGUCCUGCUCUGUUCAUCUACACCUCGGGGACCACAGGGCUCCCAAAGCCAGCCAUCCUCACACAUGAGCGAGUGCUGCAGGUGAGCAAGAUGCUGACCUUGUGUGGGGCAACAGCUGAUGAUGUGGUCUACAACGUCCUGCCUCUCUACCACACCAUGGGGCUUGUCCUGGGAGUCCUCGGCUGCCUGGAGCUCGGAGCCACCUGUGUCCUAGCACCCAAGUUUUCUGUCUCCUGCUUCUGGGACGACUGUCGGCAGCACGGCGUGACUGUGAUCCAGUACGUGGGCGAGGUUCUGCGAUACCUGUGCAAUGCUCCCCAGAAGCCAGAAGACAGGGCACACAAAGUCCGCUUGGCAAUGGGCAACGGCCUCCGAAAAGACGUAUGGGAAACCUUCCAGAAGCACUUUGGUCCCAUUCAGAUCUGGGAAUUCUAUGGUUCCACAGAGGGCAACUUGGGCUUAGUCAACUAUCCAGGGCGCUGUGGGGCUGUGGGCAAGAUGAGCUCGUUCCUACGGGUGCUGUUUCCCUUUGAGCUUGUGCAGUUUGACAUGGAGGCGGCAGAGCCUGUGAGAGAUGAGCGUGGCUUAUGUGUCCCUGUGGAGCAAGGGAAGCCAGGGCUCCUACUGACCAAGGUACUAAGACACUACCCUUUCAUGGGCUACCGUGGUUCUCGAGAGCUAUCCGAGCGGAAACUGGUACAGGCUGUGCAGCGUCCUGGAGAUGUUUACUACAACACUGGGGAUGUCCUGUCCAUGGAUCAAGAAGGCUUUUUCUACUUCCAUGACCGCCUUGGGGACACCUUUCGAUGGAAAGGUGAGAACGUGUCCACACGCGAGGUGGAGGGCGUGUUGUCACUGGUGGAUUCCCUGCAGGAAGUGAAUGUCUAUGGUGUGUCAGUACCAGGGUGCGAGGGCAAAGUUGGCAUGGCUGCUGUGAGGCUGGCCCCUGGCCAGACAUUUGAUGGGAAGAGACUGUACCAGCAUGUACGUGCAUGGCUGCCCACAUAUGCAGCCCCCCAUUUCAUCCGUGUCCAGGACACCCUGGAGAUCACAAGCACAUUCAAGCCAGUCAAGACCCACUUGGUGCAAGAGGGCUUCGACGUGGGGGUCAUCGCCGAGCCCCUGUUCAUCCUGGACCACCAGGCCCAGACCUUCCAGCCCCUGACAGCAGACACCUAUCAGGCUGUGUGUGAGGGAACCUGGAAGCUCUGACCAUCCGGCCAGCCCACAGAAUGCCUUAAGGGGUAGGGGCUGAGGCUGAGUUCCCAGGCCUCAGAGCGCUGUCAUGAUUCUAGAUUUACAGGUUGGGAAUAACACUGGCCCUGUAACCAGGCAAGAAUAAACUCAAAUGUGUGACAGG